AUGUCUGCAACGAAGAUACUCCUUCCCAUUUUAUUCCUCACACUUAUGCUACAUACGCUGUUAAUAACUAGCGAAAGUAAACACGCACAAAAUUGUUACACACUAAAUAGGAGUUCGCACAGCACCACGCUAGAGACAAACCGGAAAAGCAAUUCGCUCUACAUAAAGAAGAGGCUCCUUACGUUGAGGCGGGGUAGGCAGCAGCGUGUUCCUGCUCCGCGUGCGUCUGCAUUUCUGGUUUUUGAUAUAGUAAAGAUUUUUGGGCGGCUGUCUGACCAAGAACUAUUAGGGCACGUAAUUUCACACAACAACGAGUUUAUAGAGCUCAGAAAAAAUCGCCCCCCAAAAAAGUGGGAGAAAUUAUUCCUUCCUAAAAACGAUAGCUUAAAUUUCGAAGCUUUUAAGAAUUUUUUGAGGCAGGCUGAAUUCGAGUGGCCCCUCACCAUCAACUCUGGGCAGAUAAAGAACCAGGGCUCGAUCAGCAUCCCGGUCUCCCCCAUCGUUUAUGUAGAGAGCUGCCGAAAAAUUAGCGAGUUCCUCAAAAGCAAAAACAAAAACAAAGGCAUGAACGCCGGCACCAACGCAGGCACCAGCACAGGAGCUAUAAUAAAUUUAAAAAUUAUUAACGAGUACGUGAGUGAGCAACCCAUCUCGAACGAUGCAAUGCAAUGCGUCUUUUCCUCCUUUAGUGACCUUCCCGAGCUAACGAAGGAUCAGUUUAUAAGCCGAAUUCAUGAGUGGGCCCCGUCAGAUGGGAUAAUCGACUGGUACACCUUCGUUUACAACUUGAAGGAGGAGCCCUCGGACAACAUAAAAAGAUUUUUUGACUAG